CCUCCUCAUGCUGUCUCUGAGCGAUGACAUUUACAUUCCACAGAAAAACUGCAGCAAGACGGAAGAGGGAGAUUUCAUCGUUUCAGUUGACUGCUCGUUAAAAUCCUGCACAUUGUUUCUGCUUUGCGGUAAAGUUGUUGUCUUUGGACCUCAUUGGAGACAUGUCGACCGCGCUUGGUUUGCCUUUUUUCCUCUUCAAGUUAACUUGUGUGUUACGGGAAGGAGUCUGAGCCUAGAAAGCCACACGGAUUUUGCUUUUCAGAGCCGAACAUGCCUGUCAGAGUCUUUGUGUGUCAUGUGCAUGUAAUUAAAACUGCCAAGCAACUACAGAGCUUCUAUUUUACAAGCAGGAAAACAGGAAUUCUCACGUUGCUGGGGAAAGUUUCCAACUGACACAAACAACAAACUGACUGAUUUUAUUCAAUUUUCUCUUUCAAAAUAUAUUUAGAAAGUAUCUUCUGCUCUGUUACUGAAACAUAGACUGCAUUUACUACAAAGUAAGUCUGUAUAAUUCACUUAUUGCAGAUAUAAGGAUCAGCAGGAGAGUCUGAUGAGAAGCUGGAGGGAAACGUAACCGACAGUAUUUGCUUUCAUUCCUCAAUGGCCGUUCUGUGUUUCAUUCUGCAGAGCUCCCCCAGGCAUUCCAGGCCCACAGUUUAAGAGCUGGUUAAACCUGAGACAUGGAGCUGAAAGAGACUGCUACAAAUAUGCCAGAGGCGGCAGCUUCUGCUUCAGUAGGGAGACCUGAUUCAUCAGGUCUGUCUAUACUGAGUAAAUUUUCCAUAAAGUCAUUUUUUGGAAUCACAACAAGGUUAGACAGCCAGAAAAGCAAUGAAGGGAAUGCUGUUUUAAAAUCUUUUAAAUUACUUGGAAAUAAAGCAGAGUUACAGACAGACCCUGCGAGCAGUGCACAGAAUUCAAGCUGUGAGAGGUCAGUACCACAUUCUGACAUAACAGGGUGGGAGGCAAAGGACCCUGAAGAGCCAAAGGCAACCACUGAUAAACAUGUACAAAUUGGACAGGCGGAAGGCUCAGAUCUGGAUUUGCAACAGCACAGUUUAAAGGAUCUAAGUUGUGAGAAUGGGGGGGAUUCACAAGUCACAGUAGGACAGCCUGCAGUAGGUGACAUUGAAAAGGACAAAGAAAACGCUGAGAAGGAUAACCUGGGAGGUGCAGAUGUACUGUUUUUAGAUGAGCAAAAGCAUGAAAAAAAGGGAGUGUGCACAGAAAGUCUGACCGUUUUAGGCACUUGUAAGGAUGAAAAAGCUGAUACACAUUCCAGUGCAGAGCACGCAGCCUGUGAUGUUCCCAGCACAGGAGUUAAUGACAAGGAUGAUUUGCUUGUACGUGGUAUUCUUGUACAGACAACAAGUGAUACAGACUCUGACGGUGAGGAUACUGAUCAAGUCACAGACCAAAAGAGUGCUCCCAUGUCCAAGAAUUUCUCGGCAUCUCAUGUGUCAGUAAACAAUAGUCCCAAACAGGAGCCAGAAGCAACAGGUCCAGGAAAGACAGGGUACAUGGAGGGAGAAGACAAAGAACAAGUGAAUAUAAACAGCUCAGGCUCUUUGGGGGCCCAUAUGGAUGCACAACAAGGGAUUACACAGGAGGCAGAAAUUAACAGUCCUGAAGACAAUUCCGUUCCAGAAUCUGUAACAGCUGCAUCCCAUUCUGAGCCACAGAAUGAGAAGACCUAUGUGCUUCCAGCAAUUUUUAGUGGUCUGCGUGUACACAAGAAAGGAGCACUGGUGGAUGAUAGGGAGAUGGUUACUGUAAAACCAGGUGACAGUGAUUUGGCAUUACUUAAAUUGUCCCAGACAGCUCAAAAAUCCAAAGUCUCCAUUGAAACAAUAAGAAAACGAGAGCAGAAGAAGCCAACAGAAACCAGACCAAGUUCAAAGUUCAUGGAACAACUUUCCCAGCUACUGAGCUUUGAUAACCCCAAGCAAGAUGAAACACAGGGGGGAUCUACAGAAGAACAAAGUAUUUCAAAUGGCACUGAGCAAGACCUCCAGGCUGUUAAUGAGGACAAAUUGGAAACUAGCUCACAAGAGACUGCAAUGGAUGCUUUCAAAUCCUUUUUCAUGAUUGCUCCCAAAAAGACAAUAACACAGGAUUCCCAUGACCUGGAGGCUGUCAAGCGCAAGCAAAAGAGUGAGAAGGAUACACUGAAGGCUAUCUUUGAGAAGCCUAGACCCACAGACCUUGACCUGGCAUCUGACGAAAAGAAAAAUACCGACCUCAGUCCUUCUGAUGGAGAAGAUCGAACCCCAGGAAGACUCCAAGCAGUGUGGCCACCCCCAAAGCCCAAAGAUGAAGAAGAAAAAGUGGGUCUGAAAUACACAGAAGCAGAGUAUCAGGCUGCUAUCCUGCAUUUGAAGAGGGAACACAAAGAUGAGCUAGAGACACUGAAGUCCCAAUCUGAAGUGGCGAUCUUCAAUGUGCGAGGGGAACAAGCAGUUCAGACAGCAAAAUUAGAGGAGGAAAUACAGAAACUGCAAGCGGACCUACAGAAUAAACUCAGUCACCAGAAUGGGGUGAAAAGGGAUGUUUGUGUUUCCACCGAAGAUGAGAAUUCUCCAAAAUCUUUUCGAAAUGUAUGCAUCCAAACUGACCGUGAGACUUUUUUGAAACCCAAUGAGGAGGACAAAUCUCAAAAAAAUGACCCUGUUUUACCAAAGAAAUUAAAUAUUGCAUCAAUCAGUCAAAACCUCGCUAGUCCCAUAAGUCCCAGCGAUAAUUCACAGCACAAUUUCCCUUUAGCUUCCUUGUCAGUUACUACACCACCUCCCCACCCCCUCUCUACAUCUUCACAAACAGCCUCUUCUCCAACACCCUUAGAUUGCACUUCUAUUCCUCCACCUCCAUUACUUCCAGGUUUCCCUUCUGUUCCACCACCUCCACCUCUUCCUGGUUCUAGCUCUGUUCCACCUCCUCCACCUCUUCCAGGUAUCAGUUCUGCCCCACCACCUCCCCCUCUUCCAGGUUUUAGCUCUGUUCCACCUCCUCCUCCUCCUCUUCCAGAUUUAAGUUCUGUUCCACCCCCUCCCCCUUUUCCAGGUGGGGGUCCUCCUCCACCACCUCCUCCUUUUCCUGGGUAUGGAAGCUCAGCAGUUCCUCCACCACUACCUCUACCACUCCCCGGGCUUUUUUUUGGGCUGUCAAAACCUCGAAAAGCCCCUGUAGAGCCUGGCUGCCCAAUGAAGCCGCUGUAUUGGACAAGGAUUCAACUAAAAAAUGGCAGCUCCAGCAAUACGUUAUGGGAGAACCUAAAGGAGCCCAACAUUGCAGACACUAAAGAAUUUGAGGACCUAUUUGCAAAAGCCACUGUUCAACAGAAGAAGAAACCACUGUCAGACUCUUAUGAGAAGAGAGCAAAAGCUAAGCAGGUUAUAAAGCUACUGGAUGGGAAGAGGUCUCAGGCUGUGGGCAUUUUAAUAUCCAGUUUACAUCUGGACAUGAAGGAUAUUCAACAAGCAAUUCUUAAUGUAGAUAAUUCAGUUGUGGACAUAGAAACUCUUGAAGCCUUGUAUGAAAACAGGGCUCAGAAGGAGGAGAUGGAAAUCAUCAAAAAACACUAUCAGACAUCUAAAGCUGAGGAUGUAAAACUGCUGGACAAACCUGAACAGUUUCUUUACGAGCUGUCUCAGAUUCCCAACUUUGUUGAGCGAUCUCAGUGUAUUAUAUUCCAGUCUGUCUUUUUAGAGGGAAUAAGCUCAGUGAGGCGGAAGGUGGAUAUCAUCAGUCGGGCCUGCGAUUGCCUCUUGGAGAGGGUUUCUGUGAGAGAUAUAAUAGGUCUGAUUCUUGCAUUCGGAAACUACAUGAAUGGAGGCAACCGUACUCGGGGUCAGGCAGACGGAUUUGGGCUGGAAAUCCUUCCCAAACUAAAGGAUGUUAAAAGCAGGGAUAAUAAAGCCAGCCUGGUGGAUUAUGUUGUACGUUAUUAUCUACGAUAUUUUGACCAGGAUGCUGGAACAGACAAAAGUGUUUUUCCACUGCCAGAAUCCCAGGACCUUUUACUGGCUUCGCAGGUGAAAUUUGAAGACCUGGACAAAGACUUACGGAAACUUAAAAAGGACAUUGAAGUGUGUGAGAAACAGUUGAAAGCAGUGGUAAAAGACUCGCCUAAAGAGAAUAUCCAGCCAUUUAAGGACAAGAUGUCAUCUUUUUUAAACAAAGCCAAAGAAGAAUAUAAGACAGAAGAAAGUAAACUGACCAGAUCACAAAACAGGUUUGAAGAAACAAUUGGAUAUUUUGGAUGUAAGCCAAAGGGCAAUGAUAAAGAGAUCACCCCCAACUCCUUCUUUGUCUUGUGGUACGAAUUCUGCGGUGACUUCAAGAGUGUGUGGAAAAGAGAGAGCAAAGUCCUCUCCACGGAAAGGCUUCGCCAGGCUCAGGAGUCCGUAAAUAAACUGACAGCAGAAAAGAAAGUUGAAACCAGGAAGAUUAACCCUGCAGCAAGUCUGAAAGAAAAGCUUCGUCAGAAAGAAGCAAGUGUCAGCACCAACUAAGAGGCCAAAGUCAUGGAAGAGGAAUCAGAGGACCUGCAAAGGCAAUGGCUAUAAGCAGGCAUUACGGCUUGCACCGAUACUUUUAUUAUCAACGAGCUAUGUCAGAUCAGUGUAAUAACCACAGCAAACAUUCAUUAUUUUGUAUGACAGUAUCCAACAUGUAGGUGUUGUACAAUUAUACUGUACUUUGUGCACAGAUAACAUGUAAAUAAUUAUAUUGAUUCAAUAUAUCCACAUCAUGCUAUUAGUACAAAUGGGAUAUAUAUAUUACAUAAACACACAAAGAGUGAGAGAACAAUAUAUAUAUAUACAUAGAAAUAUGUUCUUGGACAUAAUACUUUGCUUGGAAAGCACUGAAUUGAAUCCGUUGAUCCAGGUUUUAUAUUAUUUUUAUAGCAAGCCUGUGUAGAUUGUUGUAAUAUAUAUAUAUAAAAAUAUUUAUGUAUCAUGUUGGAUGUAACUAGUUUUUUAGCUUGCAAGCUUUAUUCAUGAAGAAUAUUUUGAUUGACUUUUUUGAAUUGAAUAUGAUUCUUGAGCAGACUUGAGAAAAAGCAACACGUUUUAUUAGGUUAGGAAAGUGCCCUACACCAUAGCCGAGGCCCUUGCUAGGGACUCUGUAAAAAAUGUUCUCAGAGUGACACUUGUCAUUAUGCUGAAUGCUUAAUCUACAUUGAUGGUCAUAGCCAGUACUGGAGGCUGUCCAGACCCAGUAGAUUUUGUGUUGAUUAAAUGUGCCAUGAUAGCUGCAGUCCAUAACAUGGAGGCUAGAUGGCACAUUAAUGUUUGACAUCCAUCACCUCCAUAUACCUCCCAGAUGUAGUACUCAUUGGUGCUGUUCUACAACUAACGGCCUUUGCUUGCUGUUUUGCCCUGACCUGGCACGUCAGAGUCUUGCACAGUAUGUUGGGAUAGAUAGCAAACAGUGUUAUAAAUAAGAAUGAAGACAUUUGAGCAUCAAGUUUUAUCAAAAUCAGCAUAAAUUUUGAUAAAAUGUGUAUUGUAUAAUGUGCUUUUCCUCAAGUACAUACUUUCACUGACCAAAGCAGUUAUUGCGCUAUGUAUUUGUUUUGGUGUAAGUAUGCUUUUAUAAAUCCGUUCAUUGUGCCUUUUUUAAAGUCUACUCACCCAGCUUCAAUUUAGAUAGUUGACUUCUGAAUUGGUUGCAGAGAGAACUGACAGGCAUGCCCCGAUCAUUAGCUUAAGGUGCUUUGCAUUUACCUAAACAGAUGUUGUCCCUUUGCUGCAGUAAAACAGUGUCAAUAUAUGUACAUAUACUGAAUACCUGGCCUGUUGUAUAUACAAGCCUUGAGACAAGUAGUAGACAUUGGGUUCCAGUAACUGCUUUAGAUGUGACAGAGUUGUCUUUAAUAGCAAGUAUCUGCAUCUGAAAAAUGUAACAUACAUUUAAAUUAUAUUUCUGUUCUCUAGUUUCUAACUAGUUUAAGGGGCUUGAAGAGCUAUUUACAGAGAGAGAUUAUUUUUGUUUAGGUUAUUUUUUCUAUAUUUUGCUGUACAUGCUUAUAAAAGUAUACAGGCAUGGGUUUUUCUUCAUUAUUUAUAUAUAUUUAUAUUUAUUGAAAUAGAUUCCUGAGCUGAUAAUCUCUUAUCUAUGAGUGCCUAUAGUGAAAUACUUUUAAAGAAAAAUGUUAAAAUGCUCCUUGCUUUCAGCAUAUGUAGUGUUAACAUCUAUAACUGGUUCUUUUAUGGACUAACCCCUAUAUGUAAUAAAAGGCACUAACCCAUAGUAACCAAUAAGAUGUUUGCUUUUAAACGGGCGACCAGUAAAUGCUACCUGCUGAUUGGUUGCUAUGGGUUACUGCACCUGGUGCCUCUAUUACAUAACCCCUUUAAUGUAGGAUCAAUGUCAUCAACAGAGCUGUCCAAAUUGUUGAACCCAGAUGGUUCCUUCCACUGCCAGUGCUAACAUUUCAGGGAAAGAAUUCCACAACUUCACAGACCUUACUAUAAAAAAAUAACCCUUUGCCCCUAAAGAUGUAGCAUCCUUUCUUCUAAUCUUAAGGCAUGACCUGGCACCCUCUAUAAGGAUCUACUGCUAAAAAACCUCUGAGUGUAUCGUAUUGUAAGAUCUCUUUCUUUCUCUCUGUCUCUCUCUCUCUGUCUCUCUCUCUCUCUCUCUCUCUCUAUAUAUAUAUAUAUAUAUAUAUACACACAGUUAUCAUAUCUCCCCCCUUCUCGUGUGUAAACAGACCAACCUUUCUUCAUAACUAAGACCUUCCAUACCCUUUGUUAGCUUCUCUGGACUUGUUUUAUUAAUGUCACAUUUGAGGACUGGAGACCAAAACUGUACUUUAUAUUCUAUAUGGGCCGUAUCAGUGCUUUGUAAAGCAUAAGGAUCAAAGAGGUGGUUCACCUUCAGAUUAACUUUUAGUAUGUUAUAGAAUGGCAAUUAGCCACACAAUUAGCAACACAAUAGCCAAAAGCUAUUGCUCUGGGAUGCUACAAUUGUAUUGCUAUUGUUACCUUGUAUUACUUAUGUUUCUAUUUAGGUACUCUUCUGUUCAUAUUCCUGUCCCCCUUUUAAACCACUGUCUUUGGUUGCUAGGUUACAUUGGACCCUAGCACCCAUAUAGCUGAUGAAAGUCCAACCCAGAGAGCAGCUGAACUAAAAGCCAAAUAGUUCAAAAACUGCAAAUAAUAAAAAAAUAAAGACCAAUCGCAAAUCUACAUCAUACAGAAAGUUACUUUUAAGGUGAACAACUCCCAUGAAUCCAUGCCCCUUUUAAUACAAGACAGAAACCUUGCAGGCCUUUUCUUCUGACUGGCAUUGCUUUCUAUAGCUAAAUGUAUCAUCAACAAGUACCCCCUUGUAUGGCCACCUUUAGUCCCUUAUUCAUGUAAAAACUGCUUCCCCACAGCCUACAUACCUUAGUUAAUAACAGAGAUGGAAGAAAAAUAUAAAAAAAA